AUGAACGUUUCUCUUUUCGACGUGACCCAGGGCGCGCUCUUCAACGGGACCCUCGCCGGCACUCUGGCUACCGGCAACGGCACCGCCAACGUGGUGACCGGCGACGGAGGAGGCUCGCUGGUGCUGCUGCAAGACGAGCGCAAACUGUUCGUGAUGCGGGUGGUGCAGAUCGCGGUGCUGUGCGUGCUGUCGCUCACCGUCAUGUUCGGGAUAUUUUUCCUCGGGUGCAACCUGAUGAUCAAAUCGGAGAGCAUGAUUAACUUCCUGGUGAAAGACCGGAGACCCUCCAAAGACGUGGAAACUGUCAUGAUCGGGCUCAGCUAGUGCACCGAGAUCAGGUACCGGGAAGCUUUUCCAACCGCAGGCUGAGGUCUGCAUCUGCAUGUACUCAUCAAAGACGCUCUGUGUGUGUCCUCCUGAGGAAAGAUAUGCAAAAACUUCACAUUUCCUUCCAAAAAAACAAAAACAAAAAACGACUGCAGGAGAGUAGUCCAGCGACCAAUAUGUGUGCGUAAAGUUUGUGCGUAAAAUCCGGGCAGUUGUUUACACGUGGGCCGAUCUGUUGAAUCUUUUGGAGUGAAUUUCAUAUCGCCAACUUGAACAAAGUGACGACAAUGUUUACAAGCUGUUACCUCAUUUUUUUUGUGGGUUGGUUUUGUUUUUCUUUUUUGUAAAUGAUAAUGUUUUAAAAAAUCUGUUCCAAAAGCAUGAUUGUGAAUUCUUAUAGUUCCACGCCUGCCAGUGUUCUCCGUGGACGUGAUGGAUAUGUGGGUAUUUCUCUAUACAAAAGUAUUUUAUUUUUCUUGUUUGGUAAACACACUAACAUACUGAAAUCUUGACGUUAUUUUUUUCCCCAACAGAACUCCGUCACAGCUUUAUGGAGUGGUUCUGGUCCUGUUUGGCAUGCUCGCUAUUUGAUCUGUGAGGUGAUUUUUUGGACCCGUUUUGCACUUUUGAAAUCACUGAUGCUGCAUGAAUUAUUUUGUACCAAAAAUUUGAAAUUGCAGCAUGCAAUUAAAACGUUGAAAUGAA